UGCCGUGCCAGAGGUCCUGUCAGCCGUGGCUGGGCGGGGCCUCUCCCAUAUUGUAGUGCACGACGAUCUGGACCGGCCCUAAGUCCCUGAUGACGAUGCCUGGAAAUUUGCCCUUGUUCCCCAGGUCGGAACCGAGCUGGCCGGGCUGCCUGCUUUCGCUACGCUCGUAGUCAAAGUAGGGAGCAACGGCCAUUGAAGCUCUCUUUCGGUCGGUGGGCGUGCAAGCGAAAGCGCUCGGCAACGAAGUGACUGUACCCCUUGACGAGCAGCGCCAUGGCUGCGUCACGCCCGCUUGUCACUGUCUAUUCCUCGGAGGGAGAGAAAACCAGCGAGCAGGUUCCUCUCCCCCAUGUCUUCGUCACUCCCAUCCGUCCUGACAUUGUGCACUUCGUCCACUACAACUUGGCCAAGAACAAGCGUACUCCUUACGCUGUGAGCAAGAAGGCCGGUCAUCAGACCUCUGCGGAAUCAUGGGGAACCGGGCGUGCCGUCUCUCGUAUUCCCCGUGUGCCAGGUGGAGGCACGCACAGGGCCGGACAGGGAGCGUUCGGAAACAUGUGUCGAGGUGGAAGGAUGUUCGCACCGACGAAGAUUUGGAGGAGAUGGCACAGAAAGGUUAACCUAAACCAGAAGAGGUAUGCGGUUUGCUCCGCUCUCGCUGCCUCUGCCCUGCCCGCGCUUAUCUUGGCACGCGGCCACAUCAUCGACGAGGUUCCCGAGGUUCCUCUUAUCGUCUCCGAUGAUGCGGAGGGUCUGGAGAAGACAUCUCAGGCGGUGAAACUCCUGAAGAAAAUCGGCGCCUAUGCUGAUGUCGAGAAGGCGAAAGCCAGCCGCAAGAUUAGGGCUGGUAAGGGCAAGAUGCGUAAUCGUCGCUAUGUGAACAGGAAGGGACCGCUGAUUGUGUACGGAUCUGAAGGUUCCAAGAUCGCUCUUGCUUUCCGCAAUCUGACGGGUGUUGAUACAUUGAACGUGACUCGUCUGAACCUGCUCAAGCUGGCGCCGGGAUCUCAUCUUGGGCGCUUCAUCAUCUGGACGAAGAGCGCCUUCGAGAAGCUUGAUGCUCUCUACGGCACGCGGGAUAAGCCGUCGGAGAUGAAGAAGAACUACGUGCCUCCUCGCUCGAUGAUGGCGAAUUCGGAUCUGGCUCGCCUGAUCAACUCCGACGAAAUCCAGAGCAUCGUCAAGCCCAUCAAGCGGGACGUGAAGAGGCGUGUGCUGAAGAAGAACCCGCUGAAGAACAUCGGAAUGAUGAUGAAACUGAACCCGUACGCGCGUACGGCGAGGAGGGUGAGAUUGCUCGAUCUGGAGAGGAAGAAGGCAGCCAAGGCGGCGGGCAAGGUGUACAAAUCGAUGGAAGAGAAGGAGUUCAGCAAGUUGGCCUCCACAGGAGCGACGAAGAAAGAGAUCCAGAAGGCGGGAAAGAGGUAUUACAGGCAGAUGGUUUCAGACAGCGAUUACCUGGAGCACGAAAGUUUCUCGAAAUGGCUGGGCAUGUCGCAGUGAGCCAGGGGCAUGGAGGAGCGCAGUGCGUGCGAGGUAUUGGAGGAACUGAGUGAAGAAAAAGCGUGCUCAACUAUGAGGUUUCAUUUUCUGGGUGAAAGGUAUGAAGCGUCGAAUGGCAUGCCAUGAUGGCGGUUGGAAACAGUCGACUGAGAAGCAGUGUGUGAACAGCAUUGCCGACAAUUUUGAGGUCAUUAAAGGUAUUGCUGGAGGAGGAGAGUUGUCAUGACGUGGUGUGGUUUCUUUGGCAGGUGUGUUUUUACGAGACGUCAGGUGUGGCUGUCGUAUGAUGGGGAGUGCAGGCAGAAGGCGAUUGAGAACAGGGUAGAGGAAUACGGGGGUGAGAUACGGACAGCAGGGCGAGAGAGAGAGAGAGAGAGAGAGAGAGAGAGAGAGAGAGAGAGAGAGAGAGAGAGAGAGAGAGAGAGAGAUGUUGGACCUGUCUGGGUUUUGCUUGGAAGGGUGGAAAUUGGUAGUCGGGAUGCGAGAGAAAUUUGCGGCCGGGUUUAGGGUGGGCGGAGAAUCAGGAUGCGUUAGGUGGGGUCUCUUAAGGGGCUGUGAGUGCGGCAGAGGAAGUCGGCUUUUCUUGAAAGGGCCAUUUUUGUCGAGGUCAGGAAGGGCGAGAGAGCGCGAUUAUUUGGGGAUUUAUUUACUGAACUGAUGCUCAGGCGUGGCUGCUGUCGAGUAAAAGAUCCGUUUCCUACACGACUCUCUGCGGUGAUGGUGUUCUUGUGUGAUUGUAUGGGCUUAAUGCCAAUCAUAUGGACAAAUCGAAAUGUGUUUUUAUGUUCUAACGAGUAGAGCGUCGUCAUCGCAUGUAAAUGUUGUGUUGUGGUGUUGUGCUGUUCGUUAACUCUUUGUUCUUUUCUGUGAUUGCAUUGUAUUCAUUUCACAUGGACGGACGAGCAAAAACGUUUCUUUGUAUGUCGGAUGAAAUGCCCAAGGAAUGAUGCUUGUGUGGAUGAAAUGUGAGUUGCCUCUUGUUCUGCUUGACCCGAAUGCAGUGUUAUGAUUGUGGUUGAUGUACAUGUUAUUUCCGAGAUGUGUCUGAUCGGCACAAGCUCGGGAUGGGAGGAUAUUGUCGAAGUAGAUGGAGGUGCAAGGGAAUGACUGCAUCAGCUCUGUGGGAGCGAGGUAAGAGAGCUGUGGAGGGAUCGUAGGUGAGAGUGCCGUGGCAGCGACAGUGGCCUUUUUAAGGCGAAACGAUAAUGGGGCCAAUCUUUUUAGGGUUCAAACACGCGGGUUAAUGUCGGUUGUGGAGGAAGUCGAGAAAGGAUAACGGGGGGUGCAGCUCUGUGGGAGCGAGGCAAGAGAGCUGUGGAGGGGGGAUCGUAGGUGAGAGUGUCGUGGCAGCGACAGUGGCUCGUUUAAGGCGAAACGAGAAUGGGGCGAAACUUUUUAGGGUUCAAACACGCGGGUUAAUGUCGGUUGUGGAGAAAGUUGAGAAAGGUAACAAUGUUGAGCGUCUGAGGAAUUCGGAAGGGGGUUAUAGCCGGAUAACGGGGGUGCAUAGUGAGCUGAGUGUCAGGCCCAGGAGGAAAGGGUGUGGGGAUGAGCAAAUAGUCUAGAGGCAUGCGUGUAAGGUGAGAGCAGACUGAUGGGAUAGAAAGAAGAAAGGAAGAGGUGCAAGGGAAAGGGUUGGUGUGGAAAGUGUAGGCGUGCACGCGCGGCGGUGCGGGCGGAAGUCUGUCAGUGAAGUAAGAGGUGGGCAGGUAUGUGUGGAAUGGUGAUUGGGUAGUUCUGGGACGGGUAUCUGCGGACCGGUGAGCCGUUUGACGCGAUGGAUCACUUGAGAGAAAGCUACCGGAGUGAUUGAGUGUCAGAACACGUAAGACCUAGCAGCUAGAGCGAAGUGAAGACAACCGAGGUCUGUUAUCGACGGUAUCAGUGGUGGGGAGACGUCGAGAGCUUAGGUAAAAAAACGUUUUUGAAGAAGUUGAGCUAAAUGUGAGGAGAAAGGUAGAGUGCGUACAUUGAGAGCCGGAAGGUGAAGGCGGAUAAGGGAGGACAUGGGCGGCGGCGGCGGCGAGCUGGACAGGAGAAAGAAUGUGCGGAGGGUUUAAAGGAUUUGUAGCUGGAUAUAAUGAAAGGGAGGAAAAUAGGAUGGGCGAAAUUCGAAAUUCGAUAGAAUAAUGAGAUAGGAAAAUAGGAUGGGCGAAAUUCGAUAGAAGAAUGAGAGGAGAGGGGAAGAAAAAACAUGGAAGGCUCAGAAAAAAGAUAGUCUCCGGAACGGGUGAAGCUAAGUGUCUCGGAUUUGCAUGGAGAUCAGUAGUGUAUGGAGACGAAGAAAGAUUAAAUUAGCAAAAUAUCUCAGAAAAAGAAGGAUCGGGGGAAGGAUGGGUAUAUUUAGGGGUUUUGAAACGCUCGUAUCUUUAGGUUUUUGGUCUCGAGUCAGUUCUUAUCGGUUGUGUCGACAUGAGAGUAUAAUGCUUGCGAUUAGGGCUGUUUGGCAGCGGGUAGUAAUGAGAUUAUCUUUGUCCUGUUUUGUCUGUAAAUGAGGGAUCAUCUGCUGUGUUUAUGUGAUUCGCGCUGCUGGAUGGUUUUGCUAGUUGUCUUUUCUGAGCAGCAGCAGGUAGUGUAGGUAUUUCACAAACGUUUUACGGGUGUACGUUUUCCGUCGUGCACGUUGGUAUAUAGCAUGCAUGUGUAGUCUUCCGGUGGCCGAUAUCCGUUAGCAGUAGGGAUACCGGCGAUCUGUAAGUGAAGGGAUGGUCCGGGUUGAGAACUGCGCGCUAAGCUAUGGAGGACU